CCAGCCCCUUGUGUUUAGCAUAGUUCAAUGGUGUUUAGCCUGUUAGAUGCGACGUUACGUUUUCAAAUUUUCGUGCGUUGACGGCCUGUCUGAUUCCUUCCCGCGGAGUUUGAAAAUGUAAACAGCUCUGGCAGCCGCAAAAACGGAUCUUUCAUAGCUUCAUAUUUUAGAUUCAAACAGAAGCAAAACCGAAAAAUAAGCCGUUGUGACACUCUGGUCACGAGUAUGGCGUGUAUAAAAGAUCAAGACGUUCAACAACAGUUCAGCAACAAGCUUGAAGAAGUAAGGAGCAAACUACUCAAUCAAGCAAUAGGCGAAAUGAUAGAAAUGGAGGAGGAGUUGUGUCAAACGCACAAACAGUUCUUCAAAUCAGUUAAAGAUACAUGUUUAAAGAAAUUCAAGGAGGAUGAAACCAUGUUCGAAACCAUUCAAAUAUACAGAAAUGAAUUGGAACACAUCUCCACUCUGACAAAAGAGAAGAGGGACAUUAUUCCAGAGACCUUGUCAGAAAUGGAGGAAAAGGAGACUCAGAAAGAGAACAUGAUCAGAAACAUCAACAGACUCAAAGAAGGCCUAGUCAAGAAGAAAGAAUUGAUUAUUUCACAAAACAAAGCAAAUAAAGCCAGACUGAAAAAUUUGAACAAAGCUAAACUAGUGUUCCAAGAAUCACUGGGACUGGAAAUAAGAAAAAUUCAUGGUGAGAAGUUGCAGUUCAUAUUUAGAAACAUCAACCACAAGGACCCUGAGAUUGUGUACACAUUCAUCCUCAGGAUUAGUGAAGAGGGCUCUUAUGAAGUGGUUUCCUGUGAUCCUCCAAUCGAGAGCAUGCCCCACUUGGAGCGUAAACUGCAAGAGACAAACAACUUCUCAGCAUUCCUGGCAAAUGUCAGGAAGGAAUUUGCAUCUUAAACCUUCUAAAACUGUCAAAAGUAACCCAAUGCUGGGAAUAGUUUUUUUCCCAGAUGGUUAACUUUGUUUUAGAAUGCAUUAGGUGAAGGAAGGACUGAAUGUUUUUUACUCAAUAAACCCUGGAUGUGGAAAAUGACUGCCAUCCAGUAAAAUAAUGCCUGUUCUUUUUAUUUGGAGUAAAUGUCAUAAAUUAUGUUCUUUGUCAAAGAGAAAUUACAUAGUAAUUAAUAAUUAACAUAAUCAUUUUUCAAAUUAUUGCACUAGUUCAAUUUCAUCAGUUGAAUGCUUGGACUUGUCAUUACUGCAGAUUGUUUUAUAGCUGUAACUCUUGGCACAUACAUUUAUACUCAAUAACCCAUAAUGACAAUGUAAAAACAUGUUUUUAGACAUUUUUGCAAAUGUAUUAAAAAUCUAAAACUGAAA